AUGACUACAGCACCCAAGAAUACGGCUUCCGAUUGGGCAUUCGCAAUACUAACCAGUGAUCCCGUCUUUGUUAAAUUGUAUGACUGCAUGGACAACAAGAAACUUGCAGCACUUGGUAAAGAAUUAUAUGAAACGAAAAAUAUUGAGGACAGUAAACGUUCACUAGAUUUGGACAAAACUUUAGCUUUGAAAAAUCAUUUGGACAUGUCUACCAAUCACAAGAAUUUUUGCAAAAGGUUUUUAAGUCCAUACCUCAGUAUUCCAAAUGAAAAGUACAUCAGAGCGUAUUCUAACACUAUCUUACCCGAAACAUGUGUCUGGAAAACGGCACCUGAUUACGAACCCACUGGCGUCUUCAUUCCAUCUCGUGAAGAUGUCGUGUGUUUGACAAUCAAAAGACUUGUUGAAAUGUUACAGAAACAGAAUGUUGUAGUGCCCACGUCAUUGAUUUAUCGUGAGAAGUGUGGUCACGAUGGUGCAGGCUCCAUGUCUAUGUAUAAGUCCGUUAAUUCACCCAUGGAGACUGCAAACAUCUUUUCAAAGAUGUUCGUACCGUUGUCUUUGAAAGCAGCUUCGGGCGAAGUCCUGUGGAUUAAUGACACUCCUAACAGUUCUCGCUGGUGUAGACCACUGGCACUGAUUGCUGUGAAGGAGUCGAAAGAUCUUUUGCACUUCGUAAAUACUGUCUUCGAACCUGGAGAAAAUGAUCUACGAAAAGACGAUAUGGGUUUCAUACAUAAUAGUAUAAAGUACGAAGUGAAAGUUAUUAUCGAAACCAGUAUGAAAGAUCUAAAGAUCCGUACGAUGGAGUCUGGUCUUGGUGGUGCAGACUGUUUGCUCUGCACAUCGAGACGAGCAGACUGGAAAGAUCUAACGAAGAUCUCAGAUCCAGAUGUUUUUGCUAUAAACCGCACUGCGGCUAAAACUCUGGAUUUGUACAAGCAGUUAUUGAACGAUGACGGUGAGAUCGAAAAAUCGAAAAAUGAUUAUGAAGUAAGGCAAGGUCUGACAAGUGAGCCUCUCUCUUCUACCGACAAUGGUUAA